AUGGAUCUUCAACAAGCGCUGCAACAAGGUCACCCAACCAUCCUCGACCGUCUGACCUUACUCCCGCUCGAGCUCCAGAAGCACAUCCUCUACGACUACCUCACAGUAAGUAGCAGCCCCUGCAUCUUAUCCCUCUUCGUCCCGGACUGGGCCGUCUGCGCCCGCGCCUCAGAUCCCGUCAACGAGAUUUACGACCUUCAGCGGAUCGACGUCUAUACCAAGGGCGGUGGCAGCGUUCGAGGUAAGUACGAGUCCGGGGUGCGGCACGGGGACGGGGAUCACGCUUCGUUUCCGUUGAUGAGGCAGGCAGACGGUUCACGCGAGCGACAGCAACAGCACGGUGCAUUGCUGCUGGAGGAAGAGCUCGGCAAGAGGUUCCCGGCUGCGAUGGACUGGGCUCUGCGCGACCUCGGACGAAACGGGCUGAGAGUGUUUGAGCAGGUUUGGCCGAGGGGACAUGAUGAUGGGAUAGGUAGGUGUAUGGCUUCCGGUGCGCUCGUCUUUCGUGAGACUAGUUGCUGUCACGGACGGGGUGCCGACCAUUCUCAUCCAAGAAGAGCAGCAAGAUCAGACACGUCGUUGUCGUUGCCUCGUCACCUAAUGUUCAACAGCCUCCCCUCCGACCCCUAUCUCCAGCUGCGGCUGCGCCGCAACGCCGUGACCGAGUUCCGAAGCGACAUGGCGUUCUUCAUCGAACGGGGCUUUCCCGAUGAGGAGUUUAUCGCAGUAGACUGGGCUGCCAUGAUGCAGCUUGAGACGCUCUUUUUGGAUUUGCGGACGUAUGCGAGUGGUGGUGGUGGGUUCCUCCGGGACGCGAUCCGGUGUGCCGCGGUGAGGAUGGGGUGUCUUCGGCUCCGGUGUCUUGUCAUCGCGGGGUUGAGGACGGGGGAGAGGUACGGUAGGUCGCGAGUGUGUGAGUGGGAGAAGGACGAGCAGCAGGAGGAGGUUGAUGGGGAGGUGAAUUGGGUCAAGGUCUUUGCGCCGGCGUUGGGGGAGGGCGGGAGGUUGGUGUUUGUUGAUCGGAGAAUUGUUAACGUUGAUUGGGAUGCAUGGAGGGUUCGGGCUGAGGGGGAAGGGUUGUUGGUUCGUCAGGGGGAGGAGGAUGAAGAUGGGGGUCGUGGUGCUGGGGCGUAUUUGAGGCAUUUGGACAGAGCGAUGGGCGACCGGUGA